AAUUGCUAAAUGGAUAAAAUUUCAAAGUCCGUAACAAUUAGCAGUCAGCAUUUUUUCAAAACUUGACAAAAAAUUAUUUCUUAUUUGAAUCAGUUCACACUUUAUUCUCAGUGGAUUAACAACCAUGCAGUUCAAGUAUUUACUGAUUUCUGUAACGAUAAUAUUAUCGUUAAAUUUUGGAAGGGCCGAAGAAUUUAAUCCACCUGCAUAUUAUUAUAUUUUGACACAACCAAUUCCAGUGGAUUACAAUAAAGUGAAUCCAUUGGGCCAAACAGGUGAAAUUUGUUACCUAGAUCCAAAUCAACAACAACAACAACAACUAUAUCAACAAGCAAUAUCAAAUACACAACCUAAGAAAGCAGUAAAUACAGAAUUAUUUCUUACUGAAAAUGGCAAUAACAUUCAAGAAAACCAAAUUCCAAACCAAACGACUGAGAUUGAAAAUCCGUCGCCUCAGAUUUAUUCACAAUCAAGUGAAAAAAUUAUCACUGAAUCCACUGAUUCUAAUCAGACAGAAUCAAGCACCGAUAGUGGGCGCAUAUCUAUUUCCACGAACGCGCCCGUAAAAAAUAAUUCCAAAGUCGUUGAUUUACACAAAGUUAUUACACGAAAUACUAAUGAUAAUCAAGGAUCUCCAAAAAGUAAAAAAUCUUUCGACAUCGUAUUUUCCCAAGAAGUUAUACAACAAAUGGCUAGGGACUUGGUCAACACUUUUUUAAACAAAAUUCCAGGUGGUGUAAAAAAUAUCAAUUUUACCCAAAUCGUUGAAGAUGUGGAAAAAGUUAUUAAGACACAUUUACCUUAUGGAAUUCUUUCCGUUGCUAAUGGAGAAGUCAGCAAUUUAGUCCAAAACGUUUUGCCGCAAUUGAAUGGACAGCCAUUACAAAAUCUUAUAAACAAUCAAAAUUUGGCAAAUAAUUAUCCAAAUGCACGAAAUGGUUUUGAUUCUUGGGGAUCAUUUUUCAAUUACGUAUUAAAGAAUGGAGGACCAGGAUUAACACAGUCUGAAAAUGGAAUGAAUUAUAAUUCAUUGUUUAUGAACAAUAAUGGACAACCAGAUAAUAGAAAUUUCCAAAAUCCCUAUACGAAUAAUUAUAGACAACUGUCGGAGAAUCUAAAUUACAAUUCUCAAUUUGCGAACAAUCCCAAUGGAUUACCAGACAUUAGUCGAAAUUUUCAUAUUCCAUCCAACAAAAAUUUUAAUUCACCACCAAAUGUAAACAAUGGACAAAUCAAUGAUCGAAAUUUUAAUUUUCCACCAGGCCAAAAUUUUAAUUCACCACCAAAUGUAAACAAUGGACAAGUCAAUGAUCGAAAUUUUAAUUUUCCACCAGGCCAAAAUUUUAUUACACCAAAUAUGAAUAAUGGACAAAUUGAUAGUCGAAACUUUAAUUUACCUUCAGGACAAAAUUUUAAUUCACCACCACUGGACAAUGGACGAAAUUUUAAUUUUCCUUUAUUGAAUAAUAACAAUAGGCAAUCGGAAAAUCGAAAUUUCAAUCCACAGUUAACAAACAGUGGCCAGCCGGGAUUUAGAAAUUUUGAUUCUCUUUUUCCCUCGAGCAAUAAUAAUAAUAAUAUACAAACUGGAGGUCAAAAUGCAAAUCUUCCAUUUGCUAAUAAUAAUAAUAAUAAUGUGCAACGCAGAAUGAUAAACAAUCCAAAUAGAAAUAUAUUUAAAUUGUCUGAUAAAAAUUUUAAAAACAGUUUCACAUAAAGUAACACACAUAUACUUAAGAUAGUGAAUUACACAAAUUAAUUUAAAUACUUUUUUUCUAAUCAAUUGAUUAGAAAAAAUUCCAUAUUAUUAAUAUAAAUUAUAAAUUUUAUAAUUAUAAAAUUGUAUAAUAAGUUAAAAGUGUAAAUCGACGACUUUUGUGUACUUUUCAUUAAUUAUAAGAUUAUAAGGAAAAGUGAACCUUAUCAUAUUCCGUCCAUUCCUAUAUUUUUCAUUAGAAAAUAAGUAUGAGAUUUAUAUUUCUUAAAAGCAUCCUUAUAAACAAUAAUUUAUAUUUAAUUAAUAGCAAUAUUAAGAAGAUAAUAUUAAUUAAUACUUUAUUAUUAUUCAGCGAUAAAUUAGAUUGUAAAUGUCAUAGAAGAGUGCAAUAAAAUGAAUUAUAAGAUA